UCUCUCUCUCCUUACUUGGUUUCUUGGUUUUUCUCUUUCUACUUCCAAUUUCCCUUUCCCUCUUGCUCCAGUCCUCAGACUGGCAUCAACUUUGUGAGUUGUCCAAACUUUUCCUCAAUUUGAAAAUCUGCCAGCCCAAUAACCACAGUCCCACCCCACCUCAGCUCAGCAUCUCUGCGUAGAGAAAGCCCUUUCCGGAAGCCAAGGUGCAGAGAUUACGCAGGAUGCCACUCCUGGCCUCUCCAUCUGGCCCCAGAUAAGAUAAGGGGAGGGCUCAGCACUAUAAACAGGCCCCCAUCCUUCUCCCAGCCCAGGCUUCACUAGCCGAGCCCACACGAACCCAGGAUCAGCAUGGCCGUCCGUCUGUGGGUGGUCGCCCUGGCCUUGGCUGCCCUCCUCGUUGUGGACAGAGGAGUGCCAGUGUCAGGAGAAAAGCUCGUUUUCUCAAGAAUGCCCUACUGUGAGCAUAUGGCAGAGUCGCCAGACUGUUCCCAGACAUCCAACCUGGUCUGCGGCACUGACGGGGUCACAUAUGAAAGUGAAUGCCAUCUUUGCUUAGCCCGGAUGUAAGUCCACUCCCCACCUUCCCCUGUGUUUGCUUGCGUGGGGCUCCAUCUCUGCUGCAUACAAGUCUGAAAGGAGCAAGACUUGACCUGCCUCCUCCUUCACACACACCUGACCUAGGAAGAAUCCCCCAACAUUUGCUCCUAACGGAAUGGGCACAAGUGUAAUUCAUGCACAUGGUUCUAAGCAGAAAGCCGCAGCUGGUGGGAGGUAGGGAGUGAAGACACUGAUCCUGACUAGGUGACUUCAUUUGAUUAUUAAUUCAUCCAGUCAACAAUUAUUUAUUGAGCACCUAUUAUGUACUAGACACUGAGGAAACAACAGGGCAUAAGCUAGACAGCAUUACUGGCCUUCUGGGGCAGUCAGUCAGUCUAAGGGGGAAGCCACGUUGACUGUUAGCUAACUACAGAAUAGAAUGCUAAAGGUUUGGAUGGGAGUACACAGGGUUCUAUGGGUACAGGGCAAGGGUAGGGAAGACUUCCCAGCUUUGAGGUGUAAGUAGAAAUUAGCUAGGAAAAUGAAGAAACAAGGGAAGGUAAUUCUAAAUAGAGAAAUGAGUUUUGGAAAGAUCUAGAAGGGAAAGUUUAUAUUUGAGGAAAUAUAAGAAGUUGGAUAUGCUGGAGUAGAAAAUUUAAAGGAGAACAGGAGAGAGGCAAGAAAUGAGUCUGGAGAGGCAGGACCAAAAUAUGACCUUGGUACAUCUGAACACUCAUUUAGUCUCAUGUCUUCACUAAUAAGACACUUGAGCUGGCCAGAGCUAAGUGAGAUCAUAGAAGAGAAGAAAGUCUUUGGAAGCUAGAAGGCACUAGAACAGUGGUUCUCAACCUGUGGGUCGCGACCCCUUUGGCAGUCGAACGACCCUU